AUGCCAUGGUGGAUUCAUAAACUAAUGAACAAUGUGACAGAAUUCACCCUGCUUGGCCUGACACAGAACCCAGAUGUGCAGAAACUCUUGUGCAUUGUGUUUAUAGUCAUCUCCUUUCUCAAUGGGGCAGGUAACCUACUCAUUGUCAUGACAAUCAAAUCCAGCAGAGCCCUGGGCUCCCCUAUGUAUUUCUUUCUGUCUUUCUUGUCCUUUGUAGACAGCUGCUGCUCUUCUACCAUGGCUCCCAAAAUGAUACCAGACUUACUCACAGAAAAGAAAACUGUCUCCUUCAGUGGGUGCAUGACUCAGCUCUUUGCAGAGCAUUUCUUUGGAGGAGUGGAGAUCAUCCUGCUCACUGUGAUGGCCUACAACCGCUACCUGGCCUUCUGCAAGCCCCUACACUACAGGAUCGCCAUGAGCAGGCAAAUGUGUGGCCACCUGGUGGCCAUGGCCUGGGCUGGGGAAUCUAUUCACACUCUGGUUCAAAUUCUUUUUAAGGUCUGGUUGCCAUUCUGUGGCCCCAGGGUCAAUGACCACUUCAUCUGUGACCUCUGCCCUCUACUAAAACUCUCUUGCACUGACACUCACAUUUUUGGACUUUUUGUUGCUACCAACAGUGGGCUGAUGUGUCUCCUCAUUUUUUCUAUUCUUGUCACCUCCUAUGUCCUCGUCCUAUACUCCCUAAGAACUCACAGUAAUAAAGGACAGCAUAAGGCCCUUUCCACCUGCACCUCCCAUGUUACUGUAGUUAUCCUAUUCUUUAUAUCCUGCCUAUUCAUAUACCUUUGGCCCAUGGUCACCUUCCCCAUUGACAAAGCAGUGGCAGUGUUUUAUACCAUAUUAAUACCCGUGUUAAUAAACCUUUAA